AUGGUCGAUUCUCCAACCACUGACUCCCAUCUGCUCUGACCACAGCCAGGGGCCACAUCCCAUUUCUUGCCCAGAGUCCAUCCAUGGAGGUGACCACCGUGUCCCCAUCUCCUGCCUCACCCACUGAAGGGGACAAUCUCUGUGAGACAGACGUCACCAACCUUGCCACACACACUGUGACACUGCUCAUCUGCCUCUGUGGGCUGGUUGGGAAUGGGGCUGUCCUCUGGCUCCUCAGCCUCAAAAGCUGUAACUUUUAUAUAUUUGACGUGGCUUUUUCCGACUUCCUCUUCCUUAUCCUCAUGGUGUGCUCUGGCCUUGUCUUCCUGGUGGAGGACGUGUCCUGCUCUCCUAUCAUGUCCUUGACUUACGUGAGCCUCCUUUUCCAGCUGUCGCUGGUCUCCUACACAUGGGCACUGUUCCGAAUGAUGCUAAGCAGCAAUGCAGUCAAUAAGUACAUGCUCUGCAACCUCCUCUGCCGCUGCAACCUUACUGAGCGCCUGGGGUGGGUGGUGUGGAGAAUCGAAUACUGGGCCUUCUUUGCUCUCUUCACUGUCGUUCCCACGUUGUCAUUCCUGUGCCCAUCACACAAUCAGGAGCACUGCCGGGCAGCUCUCAUCUCCAUGUUCUCCAUCAUCCUGCUCCUCUUUGUUGCCCCCAUGGUCAUUUCCCACACAAUCAACAUCAUCAAGGUCAAGCGUGGCUCCCAGCAGCAGCAACCUAAGAGACGAGACAUCGUUAUCUUCAUCAUUGUGGUCAUCAAUCUCCUCCUCGGCAUCUUCAGUUUCCUGCAGCAGCUUGGUUAUAUCCGUGUGCCCUCCCAGGUUGUUUUCCUGCUCACCUGCAUCCACAGCAGCAUCAAACCCUUCAUCUACUUCAUGGUAGGGAAGUGCUGGAGUCCCUGCUCCAUGAAGUCCCUCUGGCUCUCCCUCCAGAGGGUCUUUCAGGAGCAGGAAGAAAGCACUCUCUGCAGAAAUUUUGCCCCCAGGGACACAGGGGUCUGA